AUGAGCGUCAGCGUUGAUCUAGACGGGCCGCCUGGCGUCCCAAGUCUAGAGAUGCUGACCCUGGGGGACUUGGAGGACAAGGUCCAAGAUGCCAAGCGAACUCAGAUAUCCCAGUAUUCGCCACUGAGAGUAUUGAUGGGUUGGCUUCGGGAGCAGAUCAAGGCAGACGUUGUUACGCAGCAAGAAUCUCUGCUACCUGAUUUCGUUGGCCUACUGCUGCGCAAAGACAUGGGAACUGCUUCGUCUUCUGAAGAAGAGACCAAUCGAAUCUUCCAAGAAUGGCAAGAUACAGAUGCCCCAAACCGUCGCCGCUACCUCAUGGCCCAGAUUGAUAUGAACAAACUUUUGAAGAAAGCUAAAGGGAUUCCCGAAUUGGAGGCCACGACGCCUUCAAUGACAUCCCCAGGUGGAUCCCAGAAGAAGUGGCGCAUCGGAAUGUCACGCCAGAAAGCUGGUUCCAAGCGUGCAGCCGAAACUGACAACAAUGGGUCUGAAAGCCAUAGGUUCAGCUUGGGGCAACGGAAGACGGGUUCCAACAAGAUCCCCCUUGGAACAAAAAGGGCUAAAGGCAUCGCGAACAAACAAGAUGUCAUUGAGAUUGCGGACGAUGAUGAUGAUGAACACGAAGCGUUGACCGAACCCCUAGCUGCCAACCUCAACCACCAUCAGCGUGUUGAUAUCGCUGCUUCCAAGGACUCAGACCAGGAUGAGGUAAUCGUCACCCGCGAAACAAUCUUGCUGCACUCAUCGCCUGAGACCAUGACCAAGUACCACGAGCGCAGUAGAGGAUCUUCCUCCCUUCGAGAGCAUCACCAAGGCCGGCCAUCUUAUCCCGGCUCGCAGCCUCCCAGCCACUAUCUUUGCAAUCGCUGCAAACAGCCAGGCAAGAUGACCCUGCCGUAUCUUGCAAGAGCAAUCGCUGAUUUCGAAUACAGGGCAUUAUCUUCAAAUAUCGUAAACGGUUUUCAGCUCGAGCCCAAACACACACACAAAGCCUCGAUCGCCAUUAUCGAGACCGGCGAUCACCCAGUGUGCUCGGGCGACGACAACCCAGCUCCCGCUCCCGCAGCCCAGUCAGUCGCCGACGUGAUGUAUCUGACAACUAUAGACCGGGUUCCAGCCUCCAAGGUCGGUACGAUGUUCCAUACAGACAGAGACGACAAAUUCCAGAUGAUCCGGAUGUCUCGCCCUACACGGCACGUGCAGGGCUCACGCGACGGACAGAUCAGGACUGGGGGCGCAGAUCCCCUCGACCCUAUAGUCCUGAUUAUUACCGACCACGAGACGAUUCUCCUACUCCUCGCGACCGUCGGACCCGAGCAGAGUCUCCCCGCAGAAACGAGCGUUCGCGGAGAGAUCCCGACAGAGUAA